AUGGUUGAAGCCGGGGAGAUUGUAAUCCGGAAAAGGGAGGCGCAAGGGCCGAACGUAAAUAGGAACCCUUUACCGGAACAUGCCAAUAUCAUUGGGGUUAUUCUGGAUGAUACGGAGUAUGUGGAACCGGUCAAAGAAUUGACAAGGGAAGCUGAAGUGUUUGGGGUCACAGACCAACCUUUUGUCAUAGAACUGCCAUUUGAAGAGGACGAAAAGCCCUUUGUUUUGGAUCUCACGCCAGCGGAGAGUGAGGCUUUGGAGCCAGUAAUUAUUGAAUUCCCGAAGCAGGAGCCUGUCCUGAGCCUGCAACAAGUACCAUGGAAUUAUGAUGAACCUACUGUACAGAUUGGGGAAAGGUCAAUUGCAAAGAAGGAAGUAUCAGUGGUCACAAGAUCGGGGAAAAUUGCAAGCCCGUUUGAAGCAACCAUUCCGAUUCAAGCAAAUAAUUCCGAGCCACCCGCCAAACCAACAAUCACUGAGAAGGAAGCCUUGGAUUUUCUUAAAAGGUUCCAGAGAAGUGAAUACAAUGUGAUUGAGAAGCUAAGCAAGUCACCUGCCCAGAUAUCCAUGUUGGAUUUACUUUUUUCUUCAGAUGUGCAUAGGGAUGCGUUGAUCGAGGUAUUGACUAAAGCUCAAAUCCCUAGGGACAUUUCUGUUGAUAAUUUUUCGCACGUGGUUGGGAGUGUGUUAUUCACCAAGCAAAUUACUUUUUCUGGCGAGGAAUUGCCGGCGGAAGGCAUUGGACAUAACAAGGCCCUGUAUAUAGUUGUUAGGUGCAAUGGAAAAAUGCUGCCGAAGGUGUUGAUUGACAAUGGAUCUGCGCUUAAUAUCUGUCCUUGGAGCACCUUGGAGAAGCUGGGAUUGCAAGACAUCGAGCUGAGGCCUUCAGGGACCGUAGUUCGAGGUUUUGAUGGAGCACAAAGAGAGCCAAUAGGAGAAGUGGAUUUACAAUAUGAGGAAAAACCAAAACCGAACCUGGAGGAAACAGAAAAGGUUAACAUUGGCACUGAGGAUGAGGUUAAGGAGGUGCAAAUUAGUAUUCAUUUGAAUGAAAGGCAGAAAAAGGAGAUGCUUGAAUUUUUGACUAUGUUCCAGGAUGUAUUUGCGUGGUCCUAUGAUGAUAUGACUGGCAUUUCAACUGAUGUGGUGGUGCAUAGGUUACCCACAGACCCUUCUUUUCCACCCGUAAAGCAAAAACCCAGAAAAUUCAAACCAGAUAUAAGCCUCAAAAUAAAAGAGCAAAUUGAAAAACAACUCAAAACCAACAUUAUCAUUGUUUCCCAUUACCCAAUUUGGCUUUCAAAUCCUGUCCCUGUUCCAAAAAAGAGUGGAGAGGUAAGAGUUUGUAUUGACUAUAGAGACCUCAAUAAAGCCAGUCCUAAAGAUGACUUCCCUCUACCAAACAUUCACAUUCUCUUAGACAAUACGGCCGGACAUGAGAUUGAAACCUUUUGCGAUUGUUUUGCUGGCUACCACCAAAUUUUGAUGGCAGAAGAGGAUAGGGAGAAAACGGCUUUCAUUACCCCUUGGGGUACCUUUUGCUACCGAGUCAUGCCUUUCGGUUUAAAGAAUGCUGGAGCAACAUAUCAGAGGACCAUGACAACCCUAUUUCAUGAUAUGAUCCACCGGGAGAUGGAGGUCUACGUGGAUGAUAUUAUAAUCAAGUCCAAAAGGGCAGAGGACCACUUGGUUGAUCUGAAGAAAUUAUUCGAGAGGUUACGGAAGUACAAUUUGAAGCUAAAUCCUGCAAAAUGCGCCUUCGGAGCACCUGCGGGUAAGCUGUUGGGAUUCAUUGUUAGCAAGAAGGGCAUAGAAAUAGAUUCGGCGAAAAUCAAAGCAAUUCGAGAUAUGCCAGUGCCGAAAACUCAGAAGGACGUGAAAAGCUUCUUAGGGAAGAUCAAUUUCAUUGGGAGGUUCAUCGGCCAGCUAACUGCCACAUGCGAGCCGUUGUUCAAAUUAUUGAGAAAGAAUGUGCCGUUGUAUUGGAAUGAGGAGUGUCAACAGGCUUUUGACAAGAUUAAAGAUUAUUUGUUGCAUCCACCAGUUUUAGUGCCGCCCAAACCGGGCCGACCUUUGAUUAUGUAUUUAUCUGUACUCGAUGGAGCAGUAGGGUGUGUUCUGGGUCAGCACGAUGAAUCCGGAAGGAAAGAACAAGCCAUUUACUAUCUAAGCAAGAAGUUCACGCAGUACGAGGCUAAUUAUUCAUUCAUUGAGAAAAGCUGCUGUGCGUUGGCCUGGGCAACCCAGAAGUUGAGACACUAUCUAUUGAGUCAUACCACGUAUCUUAUUUCCCGGUCUGAUCCUUUGAAGUAUCUUUUGGAGAAGCCGAUGCUGACUGGGCGUUUGGCGAAGUGGCAAAUAAUUCUCUCAGAAUUCGAUAUUGUUUUCACCUCACAAAAGGCGGUCAAGGGGCAAGUUAUAGCUGAUCAUUUGGCGGAAAAUCCAAGGGAUGAUGAUUAUCAACCACUCCGUACUUAUUUCCCCGACGAAAGGGUCCUAUUUGUAAGCGCUGCAGAUGAUAUAAGUGAACAAAGUCCUGAAUGGAGGCUUUUCUUCGAUGGAGCUUCGAAUUCUCUCGGAGUUGGAAUUGGAGCUGUUUUGGUGUCACCCGAAGGGAAGCACUACCCUGCCGCUGCCAAGUUGCAAUUCGCUUGCACGAAUAAUAUGGCUGAAUAUGAAGCCUGCAUUUUUGGUCUCAAAAUGGCUUUGGAAAUGGAAAUCAAGGAGUUGAUAGCUUUUAGUGAUUCAGAUUUGCUUGUGAACCAAACUUUGAAGCAGUGGAUAACCAAAGAUUCAAAAAUUCUAUAUCCAGAUGAAUUAAAGAUCGAACCAAUCCAAGUUCAACUUCAAGACAAGCCUGCCCACUGCUGGGUUGCAAAUGAGUCUUUUGACAAUGUUCCUUGGUAUAGUGAUCUUAAGGAGUUUCUUAAAACUGGGUUUUACCCUCUGCAUGCUGGUACAAAAGACAAGAAUUUUCUGCGUAGAAUGGCUUCCAAAUUCUUCUUAAAUGGAGAAGUGUUAUACAAAAGAACCUCAGAUUUGAACCUUUUAAGGUGCAUUGAUGAAGAUGAAGCUCAAUAUAUGAUGAAAGAAGUGCAUAGUGGCGUUUGUGGACCUCACAUGAAUGGCCAUUUGCUAGCAAAGAAAAUCAUGAGAACCGGAUACUUCUGGCUUACUAUGGAGCAUGAUUGUAUAGAUUUUGUCCGGAGAUGUAUAAAAUGCCAAAUGCACGGUGAUAUUAUACGCGCUCCGCCCACUGAGUUGCAUAGCAUGACCGCCCCGUGGCCCUGUUCAAUGUGGGGUAUGGACGUGAUUGGUACAAUCGAUCCUCCCGCUUCAAAUGGACAUCGAUUUAUAUUGGUGGCGAUCGAGUACUUUACCAAGUGGGUUGAAGCGGAGUCAUUCAAACAUGUCACGAAGAAGGUAGUGGCCAAUUUCCUGAGAGAUCACAUCAUCUGUCGUUUCGGAGUACCCGAAACGCUUAUCACGGACAAUGCCAAGAAUCUGAACAAUGACAUGGUAGAUGGACUAUGUGAGCAGUUCAAAAUCAAACACCGCAAUUCUGCCAUUUAUAGGCCUCAGAUGAAUGGAGCUGUAGAAGCCGCAAAUAAGAAUUUGAAGAAGAUUAUCCGCAAAAUGACAGAAAAGCAUCGCGAUUGGCAUGAAAAGUUGCCUUAUGCAUUAAUGGCGUAUCGGACUUCUAUCCGGACAUCAACUGGGGCAACGCCGUAUUCACUCAUGUAUGGAAUGGAAGCUGUGUUACCAGCUGAGGUUGAAAUUCCGUCGCUACGGAUCCUUACGGAAGCUAAAUUAGAGGAGGCCGAUUGGAUCAAGCAGCGUCAUGAGCAAUUGACUUUGAUAGAUGAAAAACGAUUCAAUGCUAUCUGUCAUGGUCAGUGCUAUCAAAAACGUGUGGCCCGAGCUUACAACAAAAAAGUCCAUCGGCGGGCAUUUGAAGAAGGUGAUAAGGUACUGAAGCGAAUUUUGUCAAUGCAAGAUGAAGCUAAAGGCAAGUUCGCUCCAAAUUGGCAAGGGCCGUUCAUUAUCCAAAAGGUAUUACCUGGCGGAGCUCUUAUUUUGGCGGAAAUGGAUGGACGGGUUUUCCCUCAACCCAUCAACUCAGAUAUGUGCAAAAAG